AUGCCGUCUCAGCACCGACCCGUGCGCUCACAGGAAGACGAAUCUCGCCGACGCGGCCCCGCUCCUCCGCGAGGCCCACCACGCCCAUCGAGAGAGAACGGCCUAGACAUUUUUGCCAGCCCAGCCAAGACUGAAAGCAGACGCCCUCGCCGCAACUCGGAGUCUUCCAUCCUCGAUACCAAGGAAGAAGACAGAAGGAGAAGAGAGCGACGUAAAGAGCGUGAAGAACGUCGCGAAAAGGAGGGACGAACCAAGGAUGGAAAAUCGAAGGCGACCAGGAAGCCCCAGGGUCUUGAUCUCAUUGACAAGCUUGAUGUCACAGGCAUUUAUGGCCAAGGACGUGAGUAUUUGGCUUACAAGAUGCGAUUCUACGGUCCGAGACUAACAGAAGCUCGACANGUCUUCCACCACGAUGGACCGUUCGAUGCAUGCAACCCACACCGUAACCGUAAGAGGGAUGUUCGUGCCCCUAUGCAAGCAUUCCCUGCAGACUCGGCCAACAACGUCCUGGGCGGAUCUGGUCCUCUGAACAAGAAUAUCGACCUCGACAGGUUUCAUGGACGUGGCGAGGACGCUUUCAACGAUUAUUCCCAGUCUCGCGUGCAAGCACCUGCCAAGCAUGUGCAGUCUUUCAACCCUGCCGAUCGUGUCGAACAGAUCCAUACCUCUGAAUCCGUCGGUCUGGGAACCUCGACUUUCCUUGAGGGCGCCCCAGCUUCUAGAAAGGACCUUCAACGUCGAGAGUCCGAGACCGAAACAUCCGCUUUCCCAGGAGGCGGUCUGACCCGAAAGAAGUCGCUCGCCGUACGUCUCAGAGGACUGUCGCAAAAUCGCAACAACGUAAAUUCACCUGACGGAAACUAUGGAUCCAUGUCUCCGAACAGCCCUGGCCAAGUGCAAAGUGCAGGUGGUAGGAACCGUAUUGCAGGUGCCAGCAAGGAGAGCAACCCAUUCUUUUCCGACUACAACGAUGCACACGAGAAGAAGGGCGCAACCAUCCGCUACGCAGAAGAGACCAAGGGUAGCCGAGCAAGAGCACCGAGCUCACCUCAUCGAAAUGGUCUUACUAGAAGUAUUACUGCAGACAGCGUGCCAGUUACUGCGAACGACAUGCCAGAGAAGAGCAGCAGUGGAGGCGGGUUCCUCAACCGUAUGAAGAGUUUGAAGGGUGGGCGCAGAGCUAGACCCGAGAGAAGAGGGUCUUGA